AUGCGCUUUUCUUCCUCGGGAACUUGUGCAGCGCCUUCCAGUGAUAUGAGGCUAGUCCUCAGGGAGAAGUCUUCCAAGCCAGUUCCAGCGCCUUUAGGAGACUACGCCCCUCCCACUCCGCGGAAUCUCGCAGGAGCACUAAGCCACCGCUGGCCAACAGCGAGUCCAGCAUCUCUGACGUCUUCGGACGAGGAAGAGUUUCGCGAAGGUUUUGGCUCUGAUGUCAACAGCCGGCUGGUUUACCAUGACCUCUUUAAAGACCCUCUUAACUGGUCAAAAACUGGCGAAGCUGUCCCCGAAGGACCCCUAGGAACCUUAAGAGCCUUGUACAGGACAGGUCCCGGCCCUGUCACCAUUGCUCUUGACUCUCUCAGCUGGCUGUUGCUUCACCUUCCCUGUGUUACACUCUGUCAAACUCUGCAUGCUCUGAGCCAGCCAAGUGUCUGCCCAGGUGCUGACCCCCUAGUAGAGCAGGUACGAGUCCUGGGCCUGCUACAUGAAGAUCUUCAUGGUCCUGGCCCCAUAGGAGCGCUGAGCACCCUUGCUCACACAGAGACUUGGUGGUUCUCCAUCCUUCCUGACUUCAGCCUGGAUCUCCAUGAGCGGCUUCCCCUCCAUUCCAAGCUACCCUCCAGUCACACAACUCAGGUGGAUCCCACGACUCAUUUGACCUUUAACCUUCACUUAUCCGAAAAAGAAAGAGAAGCCAGAGACAGCCUCACUCUGCCUUUCCAGUUCAGCUCUGAAAAACAGCAAGCUCUGCUGCGUUCUGGCCCAGGCCAGAAAACUAGCCACAUCUUCUAUGAGCCAGACGCUUUCGAUGAUGUGGACCAAGAAGACCCAGAUGAUGACCUAGACAUUUGAGUAGACAGGAGAGGGCUGUGGCUCAGAACCAUCCUGUUGUGUGCAGAGACUGGUCCCUGCCCUCCCUCUGUUGAUUGUGGAGGCCCUGUCCUGUGAACCAAGGAGUAGCGUCUAAUUGGGGCAGAAAGUGUAGUAAGAGUGUCGUGUAUAGCACGAGAACAAGAAACCUCCCUCUUCCCAUGCCUGUUUCUAAUAAACCAGAUAUAUGUGAAAAAAAAAAAAAAA